AUGGGGCGUAGUAUAUAUAUACCUGCCGUUAUUUCCCCACCCAGUAGCAAACUACCUAUCCUGAAUCCUGAGCCUAUUUUUUCGGAUCGGGACCCUCUCCUCCACUCCUCUGCCGGCAGCAGGGCGGCGGCGGCGGGUGGCGUUGGUUUCUGCCCUCCGGCGGAUCUGGCCAGAGACGUCAGCAGCUGCAGUGUGCACCCUUGCAGGAGGCACAACUCGAUGGCAAGGUGGUUGAAACUAGAAAAGGACGACAAGAGAAGAUUAUGCCAGUGGUGGUGGCGCCACUGGAAUGCCAUCCUGGUCGUCAUCCUCGACAUGGGCAUCGUCAAAGCUCGUCGCCGGUGGCCAACCUUCACCCCUUGCCAGAAUUGGAUAAACAAUGAUGGGAAUAGUAGUGCUGGACCAUGAGCUGGUGGAUUGAUUUUCUUGUGGUUGAUAACUGAGUCUGGUGCCGGCCAUAUCCAUCAUUGUUGGUGUUGUUGUAAUUUUUUUAUUUGUAUUUGUGCAUUCUACCAAUGUUUCGUAUUGCGUAUGUGAUCAGAUAGUUGUUCUAAUAUAAAAUCUUGUCCAAACAUUUCCCGGAUGUUAAUAAAUCUUUUACUCCUGUAGUCUAGGAGUAAUUUGUUUACUGAAAAAAA